AUGGCAGAAUCGCCGAGGGGAGGAAACAGAAAGGUUUUGGCUAGUUUUGAAUCGGUUCAUUUAUGCUUGUCUACUACUCUGGCUCGAAUUUUCAGUAGGGUUCGCUUGAGGUUCUAUUGCUCCAGGAACAUUCGAGUUUGUGGUAUUGUUUCAGCAUCAAGUUUCUUAAAAGUCUGUUGGUGUUUUGAUAAUGUUUUAAAUAGUUCUUUUCGACGCCGUUUGCCGUCUGGUAACUUUUAUUUAACAGAGCUACCAUUAGGCAUUCCGGAAUACCAACUUGAUUUUAUUGUCUUUUUGUUUAUAAUUUUUUCUGUUUAUGGUCAGUGCUUCUUGAGAAAUAAGUUAAUUUGUGUUGAGCUAGUUCUUGGACAACAUAUUUUUGGUAUUUCUGCCCAUUUAGCUUCAACAUUUUGGGAACCUUUCAAUGCCUACGGAAAUAUUUAG